CUACCUCCCAGAAUGCAACGCUUUCCGAGGCACUUCGGAAUGCUAGCGAUGCUAGCUACAUAGCUGAUUGUAAACCACCCAGCAGAACCAGUUGUUUUAACAAAAUAGGAUACCUGCGUAGUCUAGAAACCCUUGCAAAACAUAAUGCAAUGGUUCGGCUCGUUUCCAGAUGUUAAACUGUCAAUUUCUUUGGAAUACAUGAUGUGCUAGCACGCUAGCUAGCUAUACUAGUCAGUUGGAGACAAGUGGAGUUCUUGUCAACACAGGUUCGGCGCACAAAAUGCUGCAUCUUUGUCGUUGUUCUUUACAUUGCUCUGACGGAAUGGGGUGGAUACAACGGUAGCUGGAAAAACAUCCUCAAGCCAGCUAGGUUCCCUGGUAAGCCAGCUAAACAGGACCCAGCGACCUAGAGCAGGUACCGUCCAGCGAGAUUAAACAGAAGUUCUUCUCAAGACUGCUCUCCAGUUGCCAUGGAUCUGUCAAGGAGUCAGAUGAGUUCUGCAGACCUGGGACUGGCAAAACAGCUUAGCUGGCACAACCGCCUGACUAGGAGUUGUAACCCAGCAACCAACCGCCCUCAGAACCACCCCGGGACCAAGCCCCACCCUGCUCCCGCUCACUCACACCCAGACCCAGCCUUCAGGAUCUCAUCCUAUGGAACCAGAUCCAGGUCUCUCCUCUCUCACAGAUCUCCCUCACCUCUCCCAGGAAUCAGCCACAGUGUGGGGGGAGGGGAGGCUGGGGCGAUGCCCCCGGGUCCAGGUGUGGAUGCCAGGCUGGAGGGAGGGGUCCAGUGUGCAGUAAACGGAGGUAUACACCCCGGCUCCAACAGGACGCUUUCCCAGGGCGUGGGUCCGGACCCUUUCCGUACCGGGCCCCGGAGUGGCGGCGGCGGGGGCCUUUGGAACCCCAGGUCGUACGACCCCGACCAAUCAGACAGCCCCAGCCCAGAGAGCAGCGGGGGAGAGGACAGCCAGAGUGACUCUGACGUCAUCUACCUGGUCUCCACUGCGCAGGACGACGCCCUUGUCUCUCAGGAGGACUCCGCCAGCCCCUGCAGCUCCCUGGACAGAGACUGCACGAGUUCCAUAGAGAGAGACUGUCCCAUAGUGGACCCUCUGUCCCACGCGACGGCCUCCUCCCUGAAUGAGGGGCUGGGCUGUUUCCUGCUGCCACCGUCCCACCGCUCCCCCAGCCCAGACAGCACCUACUCGGACGACUCCUCCUACAGCACCAGGGACGUGCUGCUCCACAGCAAGCCUGUCGUCCACCUUUCCCAGCUGGUCUACGCCGACUGCCCGGGCUCGCCCGUGGACAUCUCCAGCGACGACAGCGACGUGAUGGAAGUGCCUGUGACGAACCACAAGAGCGGGUCGGACUCUCUCCCUCCGCGCCUUUAUGUCAGGAGACACCAAGGAGAAGACGCGGCCCCACCGAGGAGCCUCUCUUCCCAGCCCAGAGCCCCCCAGACCUGGGGCCUCCGCCGUAGCCCCAGGGCUCCUAAAACCGCCUCCUCGCCCGUACACACCCCCACCAGGACGGUGUACAGCCGCGGGGCCAAGAUGCACAGCAGGAGCCUCAGCCUGAGCAUGCACAGCGAGAGCUACGACUCCGGAGACAUGAUGGACUCCACAGAGAGGCAGUCCAGUUCGGAGGAGGACGACGCCUGGCCCCAGCCUGCCGUCUCUCUGGCCCCGGAGUCGGAGGACUCUGAUGUAGGCCGCAGGAUGGUCGGGGAGGCUCCCUCAGACAGACACACUCCCUCCACACUCCCCAAACUCCAAAGGGGCCUCUCUCUUGGCUCACAAGCUCGGUCACAGUCCAGCCUCCCAGCCUCUCCUCUAGAGGUUCACUGUAAGCCCCUGCCUCCCCUCUCUCCCUCUGGGAGCAGGAAAAGGCUGACCAAGCGUAAACCUUGCCAGAGUGCCCCCCCGUCGGCCAAGCAGCCAGCAAAACCCCCCCCUGCCAACAGAGCGGCAACCCCCAGCAAAACAGCCAGCAAAACAGCCAUCAAAACAGCCAGCAAAACAAAAACUCCAGCUGCCCGUCCACGAAGGAAGAAACACAAGCCGGCGUUCAGCGGGCCCCCCUCCUGCUCUCUCUUCUCCCCUCAGGAACCGGAGAUCCAGCUGAGGUAUGCCAGGACCAGAGAGAGGAAGGAGCACAAGUCGGACAACUUCUGUCCGUUCAUCCACGUGGAGCGGAGGGAGUGCACGGUGGUCAACUACCAGGAAGAGGAGCAGGGUGUGAGGGGGGGGCAGCCCCAGGGCGCUGCUGGGUCUGGGUCUCUAUCUGGACUGGUCCCCAGGACGUCCUGCUUCAAGCUGGGUCGCAUCUGCUCCCGGAGCCGGGGAGAGUCCUCCCAGGUGUGCUGUCUGUGUGGAAGCUCGGCCAACACCAUGGGUUUGGGGGACCUCCAUGGGCCGUACUACCCCAGCGGACCAGGGCUGGGGGACCAGAACCACCCUCGGGCCCAGAGUCAACAGCAGAACCACAACAAACCGGCUCCAGAUUACAGGGCUCAUCUACCGGGAGCGGAGAACGGCUGGCAUGGCCCCAGUAACGGCCACAGACCUGUGGACGAGGCUGGAGAGGAGGAGUCCAAGAUAGUGGUGGGCAGUGAUGGGGAGGGUUCAGUGAUGCCGCCAGACAGACCGCUGUGGACUGGUGGUUCUGGAGCUCACAGCCCUAGACCUGGACUAGAACCCCCUCACAGCCCCGGGCCAGAACCACAACCCACACACAGUCCUCUACCAACAACAGAACUCACUCACUAUCCUGGACCAGCACUAGAACCCUCUCACUAUCCUGGACCAGCACUAGAACCCUCUCACUAUCCUGGACUAGUACCAGAACCCUCUCACUAUCCUGGACUAGUACCAGAACCCACUCACUAUCCUGGACCAACACCAGAACCCACACACAGUCCUGGACCAACACCAGAACCCACACACAGUCCUGGACCAGCACCAGAACCCACACACAGUCCUGGACCAACACUACAACCCAAACACAGUCCUGGACCAGCACCAGAACCCACACAAAGUCCUGGACCAGCACCAGAACCCACACACAGUCCUGGACUAGCACCAGAACCGACACAAAGUCCUGGACCAGCACCAGAACCCACACACAGUCCUGGACCAACACUACAACCCACACACAGUCCUGGACCAGCACCAGAACCCACACAAAGUCCUGGGGAGCGCUGGGUUCAUGAGGACUGUGGGGUCUGGUCAGCAGGGGUGUUCCUGGUCAAAGGGAUGCUCUAUGGGCUGGAUGAAGCUGUGAGGCUGGCCAGAGAGACAGUGUGUACGGCCUGCGGCAGGCCAGGAGCAACCAUGGGGUGCUUCAUCAAGAGCUGUCCCACCAAGUACCACUACAAGUGUGCCUGCCAGUCAGGAUGUGCACUCAACGAAGACAAUUUCUCUAUGAGAUGUCCGAAGCACAAGAACAAAACAUUCCAAGGUGUGACCAGACAGUGCUACAGAUGACAAACAGGAAACCACUGCCAGACAUAGAAGUGACCUGGGCCUUGAUCUGGGCCUAGACAUGGCUCUAGAACUGUCCCCGCCUCUAGAACUGUCCCCGCCUCUAGAACUGUCCCCGGCUCUAGAACUGUCCCCGCCUCUAGAACUUUCCCCGGCUCUAGAACUGGACCUAGGCAUUGACUGGAUCCAGACCUCUCAUAGGAGUGUGUGUGGACACACCACUACCACAGAUAUACUUAGGAACUAACUACUGGACCUUAUCACAACAUCCGUUCAGUUCAAUACUGACCUGCAACCCCAGGAACACAGCACUCAGAGAGAGAGAGGAAGAUUCGACACCCCAGUCCGCUGGUGUGUCUAAGUGUGUUUAUAUUGCAGUUUUGAUUGUUGGUGAGUUAUUUAAAUUAAUGCAGUAUUGAUGGUGGAUGUCUGUACUCGUUCCAGUGGUCUUUAAUGUAAUAAAGGAUUUAUUGAUGUA